AUGUCCUCGCCAAUCAACCUUCGUGACCCCGGACGUCCAAUACGGGUUGGUGUGGUUUUCAUGAAUAGCGUAACGGAACAUGUCGAUAUUGCUCCCGCCGGAUUCUUCUCUUGUAUCAGUCGCAAAUUUCUCAACCGCGCACCCCCAAACCUCGUCUCCGAUGAACUAAAAUCACAGGCCUUGGAAUUUGAACAUCAUUGGGUCACCGAGGAUGGCAAAAUUCGCGCCCACUUAACAGGAAAUCUUCAAGUGAUGCCCACAUCAGGUCUGCCCUCUCUGCACACCUUAAUGCAUAUCUCUAACGAGACUCAUAAUUGGCUUAACCAGAACUCUUUCACCAACUGCCCACCACUCGACAUCAUAGUCAUCGAAGCUAACGCAGUAGGCUACCAAACUAGUCAGGCAGAGAAACAAUUUCUCUGCAAGGCCUACUCCGAAUGUGCCGCACUCCUGUGUGUCUGUGCAGGAUUCAUGCCUGUACUAGCCGCUGGAAUCUUAGAGGGCAAGACCGUAACUGGGCCUAUCCCGAUGCUCCCUAUGAUGCGGCGGACGGCCCCUGGGACGAACUGGAUUAAGAGGCGGUGGGCUCAAGACGGGAAGAUAUGGACUACGGGGUCUUUAUUGAAUGGGAUGGAUAUGGUGGCUGCGUUUGGAAGACAGACUUGGGGUGGCAAAGAUAAAAAUACCUUGGUUGAUAAUAUGAUUCAGGUUGGGUAUUGGCCUGAGAGGGAUGUUAAUUAUGCGGAUGUAGGUCGUCCGACUUCGAGGCUUUAG